AUGCCGACUCUUGUACAGCUUUGCCAGCGAGGUGAGUGUGUUACCGUAAUGGCGAAGUUCACACGAAAUCUCGGUAUGCGGUUCGACUUAGUUAAACCCAUACUUGAGAAUUGCACCGCCGAAAUGCUGCUCCGGUUAGAGCAGGCCAGUCCGGUCCAAAUUUGGAAGGGGCUGUGCUUCAGAACCUCCAUGAAAGCCGCCCAGAUAUGCGAAUCCGAUCAAGGUCCAGAACCGGAGUCAUGGCGCGACCAAUGGUUUGCUCUGCAAGAGAUGGAGGCACAACGAUUCGAAGACCUGAAGUCGCGUUUGCGGACAAUCCGCCAGGAAGCUGACGACCGCAAGAAAGAAUCCGGAAUAAAGCUCACUGACAGAUUGCCGCCCGCCAAACGCGGCCGACCCUGGGGUGCAACGUAUCAGCCCAAGACCCUUAUUCAGAGGACUCGAACAGAGGCAGCGCGCAUGCAGAAGGGUGUCUACGUUACGCCAAUGAUCCCCAUGAAAGCCAAGACUUCCUGUGCGGCGCCAUCCGUGCCUACCGCCAACCGCCCAAUGGUUUCCUCGUCAGCCACGAUCUCGACAACCCCUUCAGGAAGCUCUGUGCCCCCAGGCCACCGUUCCGGCAGCCGCGUCACGGUGACCGCUGUAGCCGUGCGUCGUACUCCGGCUUCCGGAUCGCCUCCUGCGAUGAAGGAUACUCCUCCUUCCACACCGUUGUCCGCCUUCGAGAUGCGAUGUAGUCCACCCUCUACGUCACCACCCGCCACAUGUCACUCUCCCCCGUCACGCCCGGUGUCUGCUAGGUCUGGCUCAGGAAAGAAAGAUCCCAUGUCAAUUUUCAUACCCAAACAUCGUGCUCAUUCGCAAUUACCGUCUUCACGCGACGCUACACGGACUUAG